CCACCGAACGUCUGAGACAAAAAUGAAAAUGAAAUUGAAAUCUCAAACUAUCUACUAAACUCAACCACCUAACCCCAGCUUCACAGCCCGCAACCAACAACGCAACAAGAUGUUCUCCCACCACCAUUUCCUACACCCACAUAUGGCAACGAUUGCCUUCGCCGCUGGCGCUUUGGCCAACACUGCAACCGCCGAUGAAAUGCUGCUGCUCGAUGACGAACUCAUCGUCAGUCAAGCAUAUUACACCAAUUCGCAGCUUUUCGCCUUUGACUCCUCAUCGUUGGUGGAUCUACAGCAGUUGCUGCAGAGUGAUGCAUUCAAGCAGAAUAUGUCUCUAACACUCAAUAUAUCGACGGAAAAUCUCACGGAUCUGUUAAAUACAGCGCAGCUAAAUCAAACCCGCGAUGUGGCACAACAGCAGCUCGCCAUGUCCGUGCUGAUUACGCUCACCGUCUUCUAUGCAAUUAUUUUCGUUGCCGGUGUUUUGGGUAAUCUCAUCACUUGCAUUGUCAUUUGGCGGAAUAAAUUUAUGCACACAGCGACAAACUAUUACCUUUUCAAUCUGGCUGUAUCGGAUUUAAUGCUGCUGCUAUCCGGUGCACCACAAGAUGUCUACAGCUAUUGGUACCCAAAUGCCUUCCCGUUCGGCGAUGCCAUAUGCAUACUUGGCAGUGUAUUGGCCGAAACAGCAACAAAUGCAACUGUGCUGACAAUUACAGCAUUUACCGUUGAGCGCUAUAUAGCCAUAUGCCAUCCAUUUCGACAGCACACCAUGUCGAAGCUAUCGCGCGCCAUCAAGUUCAUCUUGGCCAUUUGGGUGACGGCUCUGUUGCUCGCCUUGCCGCAGGCCAUGCAAUUCUCUGUCGUUUCAGAGCAGGGCGGCACCUCGUGCACGAUUGGCAAUCACUUCGUCGAACAUGUUUUUGCCGUGUCGGGUUUUAUCUUCUUUGGCGGUCCCAUGACGGCGAUUUGCGUACUUUAUGUACUGAUUGGUAUAAAGUUAAAGCGUAGCCGUUUGCUGCAGGCCGUACCACGACGGAGCCUAGAUGUGCAUCGUGGCAUAAGUGCACAGAGUCGAGUGAUCAGAAUGUUGGUUGCCGUCGCGGUAGCCUUCUUCCUUUGCUGGGCACCCUUCCACGCUCAACGUCUGAUGGCUGUGUACGGCAGCAGCGCCAAUAUUGAAUCGCAACUCUUCAAGGAUGUCUUCGAGGCUGUCGAUCUCACAUCCGGUGUACUGUAUUACCUAUCGACCUGCAUUAAUCCCUUACUUUACAACAUCAUGAGCCACAAAUUUCGUGAUGCUUUCAAGGUUACUUUGGCCCGUCAAUUCGGAUUUCCCGGCCGCUAUCAGAGUCAAAGCCACAACUACAGCGCCCUGCUGCGCCAGAACGGCUCGAUGCGUCUACAUACAACGGUGAAUAACAAUGCUCUCGAUCACUACCACUCUUACCGAGUUAUGCAAUUGCAUUGUCGUGACCAAAGCCAUCAUCUUUCUCUGCAGGACAGCAUCCGCACAACAACAACGACGACCACAAUCAACAGCAACAGCGGCGGAAUGGGCAGCAUGGGUGGAAUGGGCGGCAAUAGUGUCAGCCGACGCUCCUCGAAUCGUUCUCGUUACACCUCCAUCGGCUCACAGUCACCGCUGACAACAACACUAGCCAAGCGUGAUGAAAUCUUGGUGAAUGCAAUAAAUGGCAGCAAACAACAGCAACAACAACAACACCAUCACAUGCUCCAAUCUCAACUGUCGCAACGCUCGAAUGGCGCCGAUAGUAAUUUACUGUUCGACAUGGAAUUGUGCGCCGGACAUAAUUAUUGCCACCACGCUCACGCGCCGUCCUCAUCGUCGAACUCGUCGUCGGCCAUAAAUUCCAACCGUAGUGAUAAUUUACGACGCUCCGUCAUUAGCAAUAGUAUGGUGCAUAAUGCGCGUAGCGCUGGCCGAGCCGUGUGCGAUGAUCGCAUGUCGAUUAAUUCGCAGGAAUGGGAUAGCAGCGCCAGUCAAUAUGAGCUCGGCGAUGCACACUGCAUGUUGGGUAGCGGCGAACUUGAGUCCGCCACAACGAAUAGUCUGUCGCGAACGCCUGUGGGUGGCGUUGUACCAACACCACCACUGUCCGGCAUGCAGCCCGUUAAUUCCAUAGCGGAAUUGGACGUGCAUGCACCGGCACGCACGCGUCUCAAACUUUCGCGCAUAAUAAAUCGACGUGACCAGGACACAUUGUUGGCCAAAUCGACGCCGCGUGCAGAGCUAAUGCGCAGCACCGUUAAUGUGCCUAAUGUGCCCGGUUCACCGUUUACGACCUACGAACAGAAUAAGAAGAAGCAAGCGCGUGAGAGUGCGGCAAACGGCAGGCGAGCACACAAAACCUUUGACACACUCACCGGCAUGUUCCAUUGGCGUGCACGUAGAAAGGAGCUGGGGGGUCGUCGCAUCGAUGGAAAGAGCAGUAAUGGUAAUGGGCGUGCACGUCAGGACAGCCUGACGACAACACAUUAUCACACAAAUGCGACCGCUACACCCACACCGCGUAUGGCUGUUAUGCGUAGCAUAUCGUCUGCAGCGCCCUGCAUGCUCGAGUCCACGUUGAAUGUCGAAAUGGUGGGGGAAAAGCUGUGAAAAGCAUGUCCGACAUGCACCCAAUGAUUCAACACACACACACACACACAUACACACAAAUAAAUACAGCCACCAGAACACACAACACAUUAAGUGAGUGAUAGCUAUGUACAUAGAUAGUUAGUUAGUUAGGUAUGCACCGUUAUGUUGAAAUUGAGAAAGUUCACUGCUAGUGAACCCAUAUUUUGACCAUUUUUGGCAUUUGACAGGUCACAUAGCCCAUAUGGCGAGGCACACACACCACACGACGCUUAUGUGCGCAACCUUACAUGUCGCUCGUUCGUACGUACGUACAUAAGUCUCUGGUUGAUUACGCUUACCAACCACCCACAUAUACACAAGUACUUAAACACUACGGCGCUCCGAGCUCGCAACCAUGAAAAUCAAUAUAAAGGAACGCCGCCAAAAUCUCUGACAAAUUAUUUAAGCGAAAACAUGGCACUCAGCUCUACCCACUUCCAAAUAUUUACAUACAUGCAUAACUUGUAUAUGUCAUGUAUAUACUUACAUGGAAAUUUCGCUUACACUAUCUGUCGUCAUCUACACACUCCAGCCACCGUUAGUCACCCAGUCACGAGCACGAAAAGUGCGAGUUUUCUAAAUCAUCUAAGCAAUCUGUCUCAUCAGCGUGUUAGGCCACUUAUCUCCGCAAUUUGUUGCCACAUCAAGACGACUCACUAACCGCAAAACUCGUGCAUACGCAUUUAUACACACAUUUGUCCUUUGUCGCAUUGUCGCAUUGCCGCAUUGUCUUCAUCCAUCCAAAGACCAUCGUACAUUUGCGUAAAUACAGAAAUAAAAUAAAUUACAAGAAAUCCCCUAGUCAGACAGUCGCAUCUCUACAAAUGCCAGAACAUUAACUAAAAUCAAACUCAUACAUGUGUGUGUGUGUGUUUUGCGUCGUACGCGGUCGUCCCAAUGAGUGUGCAACAUAUGUAAAUGGUAAUUUUCAGUAACAGAGAAUAACUUGAGAGUGAAAGUGAGAAGCGUUUAAUGUCAAAAGCAACAAUGAUAUAUGUAAUUAUUUUCAUAUAUAAUAUAUGCGAUAGAAAUGGGAUGCGAUGUUAUAUUUAUUACAGAACAAACUGCAUAACUUAACGCAACUUGGCAUAGCUUAGAAUAAUAUGAAUUAUGUCAGCCCAUAAUCAAUCAUAAUUCUAAAUAUAAUCGAAGUCAUAGUAUAAUGAAGCAUAACUUAACAUAACUUAACAUAACAUACCAUAA